GAGACACCCACAGCCUGCUGUCUAACCACGGAAGAACACUGAUAAAAAGUCUGGCCCACAAUCACAUUGUUGCCUCUCGUCAUUUACAGCAACAGUACUGACUUUGGAUCUUUAACAGUGCAGCAUGUGUAAAGGACUUGCAACACUCCCUGCAACAUGCUUGAAAAGCGCCAAAGACAUCAAGCACAAAAUAAGCUUCUUACUCCAGAAGCCUGAAGCCCAUGCAGCAGAUCAGAAGCAGAUGAAAGAGAAGACUGCUGCUGCUGCAAAGAGGGUGCUUACUGUAGCUGAGGUGGAGAAAUGGAAGGAGUCUUUCAGCCAUAUGAUGAGCAGUGAAACGGGUCGUAUGGUCUUCACCAGCUUCCUGAGGUCAGAGUUUAGCGAAGAGAACAUGGACUUCUGGCUCGCCUGUGAAGACUACAAGAAGACUGUACCUUCCAAGUUGGCGACCAAAGCCAAGCAGAUCUACCAGCAAUAUGUUGAGGCAGAUGCUCCUAAGGAGGUAAACUUAGACGCAUCGACCAGAGAAGUAACGAGGCAGAACAUGGAGAACGCCUGCCCAUCUUGUUUCGACGAGGCUCAGAAGAUGAUCUACACCUUGAUGGAGAAAGACUCGUACAGGCGCUUCCUCAACUCCAAGCUGAUCCAGGAAAUGUGUCAGACACAGACCACCGCAGCUCAGGAGAAGAAGGAGAAGAAAAACUGUGACUGUGCCGGGAACAGGCAGGCGUUAACUGGUGGCGCUUAAACAACAAGCAAACAGGACAGAGUAGAAGAAGGUGACAAAGACUGAAAAUGUAUGAUAGGUAGACACCGGUAAAGAUCGGCUUGUUUUUGUGACCAGUGUUUAUAGAAUAGACAAGCCAGUGGUUUAAAAGGUGACUUAAAGGUUAAAGUGACAUGUGGUCAAGACUUUAUUUCUUUUUUUUUACUUGCUGUUAAUUCCUGGACGUAUUUAGUCAUUUAAGUGUUUUAAGUGGUUACUCUGUGUCUACUUGUGCAUAUAUCAGAUACAUAUUUGAAUAUUUUAAAACUAUCUAAAGCUACCUCCACUCAACAGACACACCUUCAAAACAGCCCUGGUGCGAGUGGAGCAGUGGAACAGCGUGAAGGAGAAGUUGUAUUUGAGUUAUAACAAUAUAAAUGUGUUACAUCUUUAAAGUCAUGUAUCAAGUUCUUUAUAAGAAUGACCCAAUUUAACUGUAACUGAACACCAGACAUUACAAAAAAAUUUGUCGAGUGACAUUCAGUGAUAAGUGGUAUAAAAGUAAAGACCUAUCUCUUGGAACUAUAUUAUUCUAUAUUAUUACUGUCACCACUUUAGUAAUUUGUUGGUCUACAACCUGCUGUAUAUCUCAAGGCUUAACCACAGUAACAACCGGCUGUGCUGUAUAGAUAAGAUCUCUGCACUGUGCAAAUGUUAGCUUUGUCUACUUCUUAUGGGAAUUUCAAGUAUGCUUUGACAUAGUAUUGAUUUUCUGCUGCAUGUCGCCACACAGUAGGAAUAAAAGGUUAAAUUGUGACCGGAUUUUGAAGUAUUCCCCUGUAAGUCAAGCAGUAAGUGUUCUGUUCUGAUGUUUAUUACUGUCAUUUGUGCAGGGUUCUUAAUAGUGUGUUCACUUUAAUUCAUUAACUGUUAAUAUGUUGGUGACCUUGCGUACUAAAACAUUUAACAAAGUGUAUACUGUGAUGGAUAGAAAACAAGACGCUGUAUGUAGAUAUUUAUUUAAUUAUGUCAUUGUUCUAUUUAUAUCUGUGACGAUUCACAAAUAAAAUGACGUGUUGGAUAAUCAGAA